GUACCAUUACACCUUCCUCCUACUAGCUGUUUUUUGCAUUCAUUCACUCUCUUGCAAACCAUUAAUAAAGAAGACAACUGGAGAGACCAGCCCUUCACAAUUCACCUGUAAUGGCUACUUCAGUUGACAAAACUUACCAUAUCCCAUCUUCCAAAUCUCAAAAACUCUUCAUUUUAACCCAAAUUCCCCUUAGGAUUUUGGCUGCUGCAGUAACUCUUGCUGCUACCUCGAUUACGCUCACCAACAAGCAAACCGCGGUCAUUUACGGCAUCCAGAUCGAUGCCCGAUACAGCUACUCCCCGGCUCUCAAGUUCUUUGCAUACGCAAAUCUCAUCGCAUGCGCCUUCACUGUCCUGUUACUGUUUCUUGCCCUUAUCCUAAGGAACAAGGCAGUUGAUUCAACAUACUACUUCUACAUGUUCCUCCAUGAUUUGGUUAUGACGAUCUUGUUGAUGGCUGGAUGCGCUGCGGCAACGGCAGUGGGCUAUGUGGGGAAGUAUGGCGACAGGCAUGCGGGUUGGAUGGCAGUCUGUGGAUAUUUUGCGGAAUUCUGCAACAGGGGCACAGCUGCUUCAUCGCUGUCUUAUUUUGGGUUUCUUUUCUAUUUCAUUCUCACUAUCGUCUCUGCUAACAGGUCCCGCCAAAUCCAAGUUUGAUGAAAUUAUCUCAAGAGUAUGUAAAAGUAAGAUACAUGUCUUUAAACCAUAUAAUUUCCAUGUUUAUGCUUUAAUUGUGUUUGCUAAUCAUGUGAACAAUUUUUCCUCUAGAUUUUAUAUCGUUUCUUAUGGAGAGAAAGAUGUUUUCUAAA